UAUAAAACUUUUAGUUCCCACACUCUUUGUAUUCUGCUGGGUCUUCAUUGAUGAUGACUCAAAUCCUCCUCUUCCUCUUCCUCCCUCCGUCGUCGUCACUGCCGUCACCUAACUUCUAAUUAAAACAACACUUUUCUCUUUUAUGUUUCAUAUUUAUCAUUUAUCAUACUACCAAAUUUUCUCUGCUCAUUAAUUCACUUACAUUUGAAUUUAUUUUCUGCAGAAUACUUAUCUUCCUUCUUGGAUACAACCAAAUCAAGCAUUCAGUUUGGAGUUUGCUAAUCUCACAAUUAUUGUUAUCAAUAGUGCAAUUAGAGAUAACUAUAAUGGCUUGAAUGUUGCUCUUGGAUUACUGCAGCCACUGAAUUUAUCUGUAUUAACUUUAUCUGAGAUAUAGAAACAAUUCUCAAACUUGUAGGAUCAGCUGCACUUGUUCAGUUUGCUAGCAAGAAGCUUCUAAAUAGUGUACUUCACUACCAGUUACUUUGCGGCACUUGAUUUUGAGGAUUGAGAUAUGAGCAAAAUGGCUACACAGAAAAAACACAUUGAAGAGAUACGAAGGAAAAAGUUCUCCAUUGGUGGCAAUCCAAACCCUUUGACUGAGGACCUUCACCAAGCUGUCAAGAAUCUCUCAGAUGAACUAUAUACCAGAGAUGUUCAUUUCCUAAUGGAGCUCAUUCAGAAUGCUGAAGAUAACCACUAUAUUGAAGGAGUGAGUCCAACAUUGGAGUUCAUCAUAACUUCAAAGGACAUAACAGCUACUGGUGCUCCAGCCACGUUACUAAUUUUCAACAAUGAAAAGGGUUUCUCUCGCCAAAACAUUGAAUCUAUCUGCAGUGUUGGACGGUCAACAAAGAAAGGCAAUAGGAGCAGCGGUUACAUAGGCGAAAAAGGUAUUGGUUUCAAGAGUGUGUUUCUUGUUACUGCUCAGCCUUAUAUAUUUAGCAACGGAUAUCAGAUAAGGUUCAGUGAGAGGCCCUGUACACAUUGCAGUCUUGGGUAUAUAGUUCCUGAAUGGGUUGAGGAGAAGCCAAGCCUUCUUGACAUAAAGCAGAUAUACGGUGCUGGUAAAGAUUCCCUUCCAACGACAAUAAUUGUCUUGCCUCUUAAGCUAGACAAGGUCGAACCUGUGAAACAGCAGCUCUCGAGCGUUAACCCGGAAGUUUUACUGUUCCUUUUAAAAAUCAGACAUCUUUCUGUCAGAGAAGACAACGAGGAUCCCAAAAAGAACACUGUAACUUCUGUAUCUAUUUCAAGCGAGAUCGACUUUGUGACAAGGAAAAACAUGGAUGCUGAAUCUUACACAAUCAAUCUAUCUGCAGGGGAAAAGAGUAGUGACGAAAAGAAAUGCUGCUAUUACAUGUGGAAACAAAAGUUUCCUGUCAAGUUGCAAAAUGUGGUGGAAAGGAGAAAGGAUGUGGAAGAGUGUGUUGUGACAUUGGCCUUCCCACGUCAGGAGAGGCUUCAGAAGAUUAAGAAGCUUCGCAAGCAUCAGAGCUCUCCAGGGGUUUAUGCAUUUCUUCCUACAGAGAUGGUUACUAACUUUCCCUUCAUAAUUCAAGCAGAUUUUGUUCUUGCCUCGUCAAGGGAAACAAUUCUAUUGAAUGAUAAGUGGAAUCAAGGGAUACUUGAAUAUGUUCCAUCAGCCUUUGUAGAUGCAUUCAAAACACUUGUGACAGAAUCAAAUGAAUUAACAGUAUCCAGUUUGCCUGAUUGGUUCAAGUUCCUUCCAAUUGAUAGUUCUCCGAUUGAGAAUUUCAAUUAUGCGAGGGAGAAAAUCAAAGAAAAACUUGCUGAAGAAAAAAUUGUUCCUAUUGAGACAUUCACAGAGCAGAAGCAGUUCUACAAGCCUAGUGAAGUUAGCAGGCUACUACCUAAAUUUUGGAAUAUUUUGACAAUGGCCCGGGUGGAAGGAGUGCACUUGCUUCACCUAUCUUCUCAUGAUGGGAUGAAAAUCUUAAGUUCUUCGUUUGAUAAAAGCAAGUAUGAGGCAAUACUAAAAUUUUUAGGGGUGAAACAUGUGAAGUUUGAGUGGUAUGCAAAGUGUAUCCAGAGUACUAAUCUUGUGGACGGAGUAUCAGAAAAUCUCUAUCUUGAGCUUUUACUGUUUUUGGCUAAAAAUUGGAAAAAGUUUAAGAAUUCCAACAUCAUUAAUAAUAUUCCAUUGAUUAAAUAUGUGGCUUCUGAUGAGAUUCCGUCGUUUUUGACUAUCAAAGAAUGCAAACAGAACGAAGCAGGUGCCAAGCGAGUAAUGCUGGCGGACCUAAGUCGGACUUCUUGGUUGAUCAAUUGGAACAAAACAUUUAGAUGUGCAGCAAACCAGUUUUUUAUGCCAGAAAGCACACAGCAAGCUAUCUCGCAAUUGAACUUUAAGAAGGCUUUGGUCGAUUGGCUUGUAAAUGAUGUUAAUGUUCACACUCUGAAUGGGUACAUUUUUGCAAAGGACCUCUCCAGUUCUAUUAAAAAUAACCGCAAGCUUGCCGUUGCAUAUGCUCAUUUCUUAUACCAUUCUUUGUCAGAAGGUUAUUUGUCAUGUCAGGAGGUUGACGAUUUAUGUAGUUCUAUGCCACUUGUGGACAAGAAUGGACGUAUAACUAAAAGUAGAAAUGGUGUUCUUCUGCCUGAAAAUGUUAGCAAAUGGGCAGACUUAAUGGUUUCUAAUCCAUGGAGAAAAGAAAAUUAUGUUGAGCUAGGAAAGAUGUACCUAAAUGCAUCUUAUGCAGACCAAUCUACAGAUUCUGGGAAGCUUAUUGAAUUCCUCAAAAAUCAUGUUGGAGCUUCUGACAUACCUUAUCUAUCUCCUCCAAAUGCUGGGUUUUCAGCUGCAGAUACUCAACUCACCAAAGAAAAUGCCUUUUUACUUUUGGAUUGGAUUCGGGAACUGAAGCAUAAGGGAGUGCACCUACCAGAGAGGUUCUUGGCAUGCAUAAAAGAAGGCAGCUGGCUUAAAGUUACGGGUAAUGGAUUCAUGUCUCCUUCAAAGUCAUUCUUAAUUGGUUCAUUGGGAAAUAUUUUGCAAAGUGGUUCAGUUCUUGUGGAUAUUCCCUUAAUAGAUGAAAGCUUCUAUGGAGAGAGAAUAAAUGAGUACAAAGAGGAAUUGAAAACAAUUGGAGUUAUGUUCAAUUGUGAGGAAGCAUGUGAAUUUAUUGGAAAAGAACUAAUGUCUCGUGCUGCUUCUUUCUCAUUAAGUAGGAGUCAUGUUCUUUUGAUUCUUAACUUCGUCCAAUAUAUCCGGACAAACCUUCUUCCUUUGGACAAUUUUGUUGACAGCAUCAAAGAGGCAAGUUGGCUAAAGACAUCUUGUGGUCUUAGGCCUCCUGUGGGAUCGGUAUUGAAUGACUCAGGAUGGCAAGUUGCAUCACAAAUUAGUGAUAUCCCUUUCAUUGAUCGUGCUUAUUUUGGUGAACAAAUAUAUAAUUACAAAGAGGAGCUCAAGUUGCUAGGAGUGAUAGUUGACUUAACUGGAAAUUACCAAGUCGUCAUUGAGCAUUUGAAGUCGCCUUCAAAUUUGGCUUCAUUGACCGCUGAGGCUGUUCUUUUGAUAAUGGAAUGCAUCAGACACUUGAAUGCCCCCGAUAAACUCUUGAAUUCGUUAAGUGGAACAGGCUGCUUGAAGACCAACACGGGUUUCAAAACACCAGCUGAAUGUUUCUUGUAUGAUCCAGUGUGGGGCUGCAUUCUGGAGGUAUUCAUUGAUCUUCCUGUUAUUGAUCAUAACUUUUAUGGGGCGAAGAUUUUCUCUUACAAAGACGAACUGAGGCAAAUCGGGGUGGUGGUUGAUUAUGGAAAUGCUAUAAAAAAGUUUUCAAGUCUCUUUGAACGAAAGGCAUUGGAAACUUCAAUUAACCAAAAACAUGUUAUCUCAUUUCUAAAAUGUUGCAGGCAGCUGGAGGGGUCUUUUCCUUCUGAUUUCUCAGCCCUCAUGCGUAAAAUGAAGUGGUUGCAUACUAGUGUUGGUGGAUUUAGGUGCCCAAAAAAUUGCAUUUUAUACAGUCCGGAGUGGGAAUCAAUAUCUUCUAUAACUCGUCUCCCUUUCAUUGAUUAUAGUGACAAAUGUGGUGGUUACAAGGCAGAGCUGAAGAGCAUUGGUGUUGUUACUGAAUUGAAAGACGGGUUGAGGUUUGUGGCUGAAUGUCUGAAUUUUCCUUCAAAUCCCUCCACCAUUAGUCCUGAAAGUGUGUUUUCUUUAUUGGAAUGCAUCCAACUUCUAAUACAAGAUAACAACCUUGCAUUUGAAGAUGAUUUCAGAGGAAGAUUGUCCCAAAAUUGGUUGAAGACACAUGCUGGUUAUAGGUCUCCAGAGAAGUGUUUGUUGUUUGGUUCCAAGUGGAGUUCUUUAUUGAAUCCAACUGAUGGACCUUUUAUAGAUGAGAAUUUUUAUGGACCAAAUAUUGCAUUUUUCCAGAAAGAACUCAACGCGAUAGGGGUCAUUAGUGAAGUUGAAAAGGGGUGCUCCUUGCUUGCCAGUCACCUUGAUACUCUCUCUGAUCAUGAUACCAUUGUGAAAAUAUACAAGUUUUUAUAUCAAUACAACUGGAAAGCUGAGGAGAAUGCUGCAAAGAAGGUUUGGAUUCUUGAUGGAAUUAAAGGUGGUAAGUUCGUUGAUUCUAAAGAAUGCGUCUUACAUGACCCUGCCAAACUUUUUGGUUCAAAGUUUUAUGUUCUAGAAGAUAUCUAUGACGAAGAUAUUCUUCUUUUUUUCUUAUAUGCAAUGGAUAUAAAAAGUAAGCCCUAUGUAGAAGAUUAUGUUGACCUCUGGAAUGAUUGGGGGAGCUCAAUGGAGCAAUUGUCAUAUGAUGAGUGCUGCAAGUUCUGGACGUCUAUAUCAAAACAUUUGAGCACAAAUCAAGAGAAAAAACUUGCAGAGAGUUUGAUGAAACUGCCUACAUCAUCGGGAAAUAAUGAAAUAUUUCUGGUAGAUAAAAAAGAUGCUUUUAUUCCCGAUAAUCUUCAUAUGAAGAAGCUUUUUGAGAGGGAGAAAGUUUUUGUAUGGUAUCCCCAGCAUAGCAUGAAAACAUUUUCCAAGUCUGAGCUGUCUGACAUUUACAGAAAAAUUGGUGUUAGAAAUAUCUCUGAAUCACUGUGCAAAGAAGAAUCAGCCUCCGUGAAUGACAGUGAUAAACUGAACUAUGUUGAUCCAAAUAACAUUUUCAACUUAAAGGGGUUGGUUAAGCUUAUUCUUGGUUUUCUUGCUUGUGCUUUCCCGAAAAUGGAACCAAAGAAGAGACAUGAAGCUGUUCAAAGUCUUAUCAACUCGAGUUUCCAUGAGACAACAGAGCCGAUCAAUGUAAGCUAUAGUUUGUCAUUGUCAUCAGGGGAAAUCAUUACAAAGAAAGCAAACAAAAGGGUACGUUGGGAAAGUCAAAGCUGCAAGUUUAUCAUCCAGAAGAUGGAGGAAGUUCCUGGUGAUGCAUUGAGAUGUGCUACAAGUUUCUCUGAAGCAAUAUCCGAGGGUAUUUUGCGUGAGAAUCAUGAUCAUGUUGCUGCACUCUCGGAACUAAUCACACUAGGCUUUGUUCUGAAAUUUAAGAAUGAAGAAAUUGAUUUUCUAAUGGAAUCCAAGAAUCUUCAGAUUGACCUUGAGGAUGAGGAGUUCCUCAGUUCUGCCUUCCCUUUUGACUAAGUCUAUCUUGCCACUGCUUACUUGUGUUUUUCAGUUUGUUUAUUUCAAUUUGUUUUCCUUUCAGUGGAUAUGUCAUUAUCUUAAUGACUGAAUUAUCUAAUUAUUUUGUCUACAA